UAUCAGUUGUUUAUGUGUUAAUGAACGCCAGACAAUUAAUACAGCGGAUCGCAAAGCCACGAUUUUCAAGUGUUUGUGUUGUUCGUGUUGUGAUUUUUAAAAGCAAUAUGUGGAUCUCACUAGCCUUUGCGCUAGUAUUGACGAUCGGGACAUCAUCAGCUCAAGACGCAAACUGCGACUUUGUUUCGAAUGUGCAAGCAGGUCAGACCUACUAUGUGUACAGUCCAAACUACCCCCAGAACUACAGGCCAGGAGUGCAGUGCCGCUGGGUCGGCAUCUGUCCCUCCGGGUACAACUGCCGGCUAGACUGCAAUGAUAUCUCUUUGCCACAGACAAGUGGCUGUUCUCUCGACCGUCUGCUGAUAUCCAAGUCCGGUGACCCUCAGUUGACGUCAGCAGACUACUACUGCGGCACAGGGACUGUCACCGCCGUGUCUACUGGCCAGAGGAUCAGCGUGGGGUUGAUAACGUCGACGCAAAGUCCUGGAGGAAGAUUCAUGUGCCAGCUGACCGCGCAGGCCGCCACGACAAACCCCACCUGUAGCUGCGGCUAUAAGAAAACAAACCGUAUAGUCGGUGGGCAACAGACAGGCGUGAACGAAUUCCCAAUGAUGGCUGGUCUGGCCUAUAGAGAUAUAGGGCAGAUCAAGUGCGGCGCCGUCAUCAUCAGCAAGCGAUAUGUGAUGACCGCCGCCCACUGUCUGACUGGACAGAGCCUGAGCAACCUGGCCAUCAUCGUGGGAGAGCAUGACGUCACCGUUGGAGAUUCUCCAGCAACCCAAGGAUUUCAGGUCAUCUCUGCAAUAAUUCAUCCUAAUUACACGCCGUCGAACUACGAUUAUGACAUAGCGAUCCUGAAAACGAACGCGGACAUAACUUUCAGUGACCGCGUCGGCCCCGUCUGCUUACCUUUCAAAUUCGUCAACACCGACUUCACCGGAUCCAAACUUACUAUUUUGGGAUGGGGGACUCAAUUCAUUGGCGGACCGACUUCUAACUACCUCCAGAAGGUAGACGUGGAUGUGAUCAGCCAGAGCUCGUGCAGGAAUGUGGUGCCCACUCUGACGGCACGACAGAUCUGCACUUACACACCAGGGAAAGACGCUUGCCAGGAUGACUCCGGCGGCCCACUGCUCUACACGGACUCCAGCAACGGCCUGCUAUACAGCAUCGGCAUCGUCAGCAACGGGCGUUUCUGCGCCGGCGCCAACCAGCCGGGCGUCAACACGCGGGUGCCGGCCCUGCUCUCCUGGAUCCAAACCAACACUCCCGACGCCAGCUACUGCUAUAAAUGAUUCUGAACCCACCGUGUUUUAUUCAACUUACAAAUUACAACCAACAAACCUUAAGCUCGCGCUAACUGUGCGGCAGUACCUAGUCAGUGCACUGGUAUCUUGCAAACAAUAAAACCAAAACAAUGAAAGUUCAAAACAAAAUAAAACCAAAUAUUGACACCAA